GCGUUGACUGACCAAUCACCAGCAAGAGCUGCUAGUGUCAAUAUGGCAGACGACAUGGGGAAAUCUAAAUGACACAGAAUUUACCGUAUCUGAAAUUUAUUUGUAUGCUACAAUGGAUGGACUGGUGGGUGUCCUGGAAGAUUGGCUUGGGGAAUGUGACAGUGUCAAUGAUUGCAGACUAAUUUAUGAAUAUUUGCAAAGUGAUCAAGAGAGACUUAUUCAUGCAAUAUAUACAGUCUUUGAUGAGAGAUCAAGGUGUCCAGAUUUGUUUGAAAGCACAGUGAAGCAGCUGUUUGCCUUGGCACGCAGUAAAGAUGAAAGACUACGAGAGUUUGUUCUCUUGUUUGCUCCCUGCCUUCUCUAUAUAUAUUUGUCAUCCAUCAGCUUUGGUGACAAAAAGGGAGUUGGAAGUGUUGAAGUGGCUCUACUGGCUUUGUACAAUAUGGAGGUGUUGGAUGAGCAAGGACAGCCUCGGAUCGCUCCCUUUCGUCUUCCUACCCUCGCACGACAGUCACUCUUUCAUGAGCCUGCUAGUUUAGCUCCUGCUUCUUUCACCGUGGACUCCCUACAAAGAUUGGAGGCUGGAGAUGCAGAUACAGUACGAUGGGGUCCACCAACUCAGAUGACCUCGGUUACUGCAGCAACGAGGCAUCACCUGGCCACUGCCAUUAUGGUUGCCUUUAAUGCUCGAUUAGCAACUUUGCCCAAGAUGGCCCUUAUGCACCUCUGCAAAGCAGUAUCCAAAAUGCUGUGUCAGGGAUUCAACCGGCCGGGGCAUCAUCAUCGCUCAUCUUACGGAAGUGAAAGCAGCUUUGGUCUAUAUCCCAGGCCGACGCCCAGAAUACCUGUUACCUCAGAGCUUCUUAAAGAGCUCCUACAUGCUGUAUAUUUUGCCAUGCCAGCUGAACGAAGCCUGCAUGACCUGCCCCCACUUAUGUCCAUAAGCAUGCCUCUUGCACACUUCCAUUAUUCAAGCCACAAUGCCGCCAAAGGAGAAGGGACCCAGUGCCCUGCUAUGAUGCCGAAUUGUGCUGGACAGUGUUACCAUAGUCCACAUGUCAAACUACGCAGGUUUAAUGAAUUUGCCAGCCUUGGAAUACAAGCGCUUGAAGAUAUCCAUAUGAGAGCACAGUAUGAACUUUUUGGUGAUGUCUUACUAAUGACAAAUGCCAUCAAGAACUCUCUGAAGGUUAAUCCUAGUGGACAACCCAGUGAUGGACCAAUGGGCAUUAGUGUUGCUCUAACUCCAUCUACCACUACUACGCCACUGUCAAAAACAUUCAUCACAAAUGCCUCUUUCCGAACCAAAAAACUGCCAGAUGAUAUUCCUAUCCAGAACACAGAAGAAGGGAAGCCACUCACAUCAAUCUCCGAAGAAGCUGAUAUUGAUGAUAAAAGCUCAGGCAAACCUAUUCGAACUCCUCAAGGCUCAGGUAGAGAAAAGGAAAGUAAAGAAAAAGAGGGGAGAGAAAGAGAUAAGGAGAAGGAAAAGGAGGGAAAAGAGAAAACAAAGUUUGUACCUGCGAACAUUCCAAUUCCAAAUUUAGGUAAGAGAAGAGAUAAGGAGAAAGCCAGAAAUGGAGAUAAAAGAGAUAGCGAGAAGAAAAAUGAGAAGAAAGAGAAAUACAAACACGACAAGGAGAAAGAGGCACGUAACGGAACUGGUAGCAAUCGCAACAGUGCAGUCAUGAACAGCGACUCUGAUGGUGGGGGUAAUGAUGUCACAGUCAUCACUAGCCAACAACAGCAACAGUCUCAACAGCAGUUUGAGAUGAAGGUUAUUCUCAAUAAGUCUCCAAGGCACUUUGAGCCCAGCAAUACCUCUACGGAGGACCCUACUCCCUCGGGUAGUGAAGGAGACGAAGGUAAGGUUGAUGUUGACGUUAUUGAUCAUGUUGGCCAUCAAACAAAAAGCCCACUUGAGGCAAAUGGUGCACAGAAUCAUAUUGCUAAAGUUGUCUGAAGUCAAAGCUCAUCAGUCAAAUUUGAUAUAAAGUAAUUAAAAGUUAGACUUAAAUGUUGAUUAUGAGAUCGGUGAUGAUACCACUCUGAUCUUAUUUCAUUGGUGAACUCCUUUGUAAUUAUCAUGUUUCAGUGAAAAGAAUGUUAGUUACUUUGUGUUAAGAUUGUUAUAACAAAAUAGAGCAUGGUUUUUGGUAUUGGCAUAAGUGUUGUUUUUAAAUGUGGGUAAUAGUUAAUAAGUAUAUGAAGCUUUUAAAAUAGUCUUUAAGCUAAAAUAUUUGGACUUGUUGUUUUAGCUUUCUCUUCACAGAACAUGAUUGGUUAAUUGAUCAUGUACAAGGAAUAUCUGAAGCAUGUGUAAUAAGCUAUGUCAUUAGCAAAAUGUGUUUACUGUCAGGUCUUUAAUCCAGAUACAAUUUGUGAGUUUAUAAAUAAAUAAAUAAAAUAUGUCGUACCUAGUAGCCAGAACGCAAUUCUCGGCCUACUAUGUAAGGCCCAAUUUGCCUAUUAGGCCAAGUGAUUUUCUUUAUUUUCAAUAAAUUGUUU